GACUCUCUACCAGCACUAUACCUAUCAUUUAUAGGAUUUUAUAAGAAUGAUGGUUUAUGCUAUAUAAAUCACAUAAGUUCAGUUUUAAAAUAUUUAUGCAAUAAAAAUAAUGCGACAGUUUUGGUAACAAAUCUAGCAAUAAAAAAUUGUGAUUUUACCAACAAUGUCAAGCCUGCUAUUGGAAAAUAUUGGUUUCAUAUACCCAACACAAGAUUAAUGAUCUCUACAACAACAAAACAACAACAGAUGUAUAUUAAUGUUGCAAAAAGUGUAUAUCUACCUUUAGAUGAAAAAUGUAUAUUAAGUAUUCAUGAACAUGGAGUUUCGUAAAUACUCUUUAAUAUCUUAUGUUUCAAUUAAGAUUUUAAGAAUAAAAAUUGUUAAAACAUGAAAGUAUAAAUUAAGUCAUGU